CAUACGCGCUCUGAUUGGCUCAGACGUUAACUGUUAGGUUUGUUUUUCACCACACCCGAUGAUAAAUCUUAUUCUAGGCGUUUUUUUCUGCUGAUCAGUCUGGGGCGCACUGACGGGACGCGGUUGGAUUAUUUUUCAAUUUUAUACUUUUCUGAGCUCAAACUCAAUCAAAAACAAAACUUUAUUAGUAUAAUCCGAGAUCUUUCGUGGAAUUUUGAUUUCAUUUAUAUUUUAUAAACUAACGAGGAAAAAAACAAAAACUCCGACUUUACAUUUUUUAAUCCUCUGUUGAAACAAACUAAAUAUUGUUAUCCAUACAUCUCCAAAAGAUAAGGAAGAAACAUCUAAACACUGCAACCUGUUUUUAAAAAAACGCAUUUUUAAGAAAUUUUUACUAUUCUUUUUCGCCGCGUAAAAACGCACAGCGGCUCCAUGGCGCACAUGUGCAGACAGAUCUUUGGCAGCGCGGCGAGCUGCGCGGGCUGGGUGGGGAUCAUCGUCGCCACGGCCACCAACGACUGGGUCCGGACCUGUGACUACACGGUGGCCACGUGUGUCCGUAUGGAAGAGCUGGGCUCGCGGGGACUGUGGGCGCAGUGCGUAAUCUCUCCUGCGCUUUAUCACUGCGUGGACAUCAACCAGAUCCUCACCCUGCCCGCUUACAUCCAGACAUCUCGCGCUCUGAUGAUCUGUGCAUGUCUGCUCGGCCUACCUGCCAUGCUGCAGGUGCUCAUGUCGAUGCCCUGCGUCAGGCUGCAGAAUGACACCGCCGCCAUCAAGCAGCGCCGCGCUCGGGUGGGAGGCGUCCUGUUCCUCCUUAUGGCUGUGUUUGGCAUCAUAUCCACCGUCUGGUUCCCGAUCGGCGCUCACCAGGACGAAGGCCUCAUGUCGUUUGGUUUCUCGUUGUACGCCGGCUGGGUUGGUUCUGCCCUCUGCCUCAUGGGCGGCACCAUGAUCUUGUGCUGCCAUGGCGUCGACCCCGGGACCCCAAGCAGAGACAACAGCUUCUACUUCUCCAGACAGCGGGGCACGGCCACGCCGCUGGACCCACCCGCCAACCAUGCCAAGAGUGCAAGAGUGUGAAGAUUGAUUAUAGACUGUGUAGACUGUCGUAAUCAAGUCUGGUAUUUCUUUUUCUACAUUUAGCGUAUUGAGACAUAUUUGGGAGUGAUUCAUAAUUUCCGUGCAUAGAGCCAUGAUAACAUUUUUUUUUACCAGCCAUUUGUUAGGACAAGUAUUUUGUAACAUUUAUCCCUAAAUUCCUUUACGAUAAGCUUAAGAGCCACACUUGUAUGAUCCUUUUCCUCUAGUCAAAUUUUGCAACUCAAGCAAGCUUUUGGUUUACAUCAAAAUAAUAUUCAGGGAACUAAAAGGUUCCUUAAGCCCCAUUCUGCCUGUUGCUAUGUCUCAUUAAGUGGGCUGCAUCCUUCAAAGGACCAAGUAAGACAGUCUGGACUACAGAAAAUUACUUGUUUGUAUCACCAGCUGUGACGGUAUUACACUUUAGUUUCUAAGCGUCACCCUAUUCACCUAGCAACCUCCACAUCUGCCCCGGAACUAAGAGAAGCUGCACCUUUAUUCAUCCUACAACGGAGACAUUUAGUGUUACAGCAGCAAAGAGCAAGGACAGACAAAAAAAAGAGCACACAGUGCACAACCAAGUAUUUGAAGAAUUAGCAAACAUAUCUAAUGUCUCGUAACUGAACUAUCAAUAUUAAAGAUAAUCUGUAGUUUCAGGCCCCGUUUUUUUUUU